AUGGCGGCCGAAUUCCUUCAGAAUGUCCCCGUCCCAACCCUCGAUCGGCCAUUUGGUGUCCACUUGUGGCCCAUCUUCGACCAGGCCUACGAGAAGGUCAUGGGCUAUCCCGCUAGCGAGUUCAAGUUCCAAGAGGGCGUGACCCCUCUCUCCACCCUCAAAGAGACUGCGACAAUGCUCAUUACCUACUACGUUAUCAUUUUUGGUGGUCGGGAGAUCAUGAAGAAGUUGCCUGCCUUCAAGCUCAACUUCCUGUUCAUGGUCCACAACCUGUUCCUGACUGUUGUCAGCGGUAUCCUGCUGGUCCUGUUCAUUGAGCAGCUUGUGCCCACACUCUGGAGACACGGAGUCUUCUACACGAUCUGUGACCAGCGCGGUGGGUGGACUCAGCCCCUCAUUGUGCUGUACUACCUCAACUACAUCAACAAAUACGUCGAGUUCAUUGACACCAUCUUCCUGGCCCUCAAGAAGAAGCCAUUGACCUUCCUCCACACCUACCACCACGGUGCCACCGCCCUUCUUUGUUACACCCAGCUUAUUGGUGUGACUGCCGUGCAAUGGGUGCCCAUCACCAUCAACCUGCUGGUCCACGUCGUGAUGUACUGGUACUAUUUCCAGAGUGCCCGUGGCGUCCGCAUCUGGUGGAAGAAGUACAUCACCAUGCUCCAGAUCCUCCAGUUCGUCAUUGACGUCGGCUUCAUCUACUUCGCCUCGUACACCUACUUCACCUCCUCCUACUUCCCUUGGCUCCCCAACAUGGGCAAGUGUGCCGGUGAGGAGUUCGCUGCCAUGGCUGGUAUCGGUAUCAUCAGCUCUUACCUGGUCCUGUUCAUCUCCUUCUAUAUUGCUACCUACAACAAGACCGCCAAGACCGGCCGCCCCCGCCGCAACACUGGCCAGAAGUCUCUCAUUGACAUGAAGAACUUCGAGGUUCCCUCCCCCGCCGGUUCCCAGAACCAGAACGGUGGCGCCAAGUCCAACGGCAGCGCUUCCUCCACUGGCCGCUCCAACGGCCCGGUCACUCGCUCCCGCAAGGCCUAA